GAAUGGAGAUCUGUGUGUAUGGAUGGGACGCAUUCAUGAGCGCACAAUACUAAAUCAGCUUGCAAAAACCAAUGCACAGGAAAUUAAAGGCUUAUUAUUCCGCAGAAUUCCACAUGCAAGCUUCUCUCCGCCUCUAACAACCAGACUCGCCGAGAUUGGUCGUCAUUUUCUGUCUUCUGCCGUCAAUAUCUCACUCCAAAUUGUAGAAACAUGGCUGAUCAACUAACAGAAGAACAAAUCGCAGAAUUCAAGGAGGCUUUCUCCCUAUUUGACAAGGACGGCGAUGGCACCAUCACAACUAAGGAGUUGGGCACAGUAAUGAGGUCACUGGGUCAAAACCCAACUGAGGCUGAGCUUCAAGAUAUGAUCAAUGAAGUUGAUGCUGAUGGGAAUGGAACCAUCGACUUUCCCGAAUUCUUGACGAUGAUGGCGAAGAAGAUGAAAGACACAGAUAGCGAAGAAGAGAUCAGAGAAGCAUUCAGAGUGUUCGACAAGGAUGGUAACGGAUUCAUCAGUGCAGCAGAAUUGCGUCAUGUGAUGACGAAUCUUGGUGAGAAGUUGACGGACGAGGAGGUGGAUGAGAUGAUCAGGGAAGCCGACAUCGACGGUGACGGACAAGUCAACUAUGAAGAAUUUGUUUCUAUGAUGACGACCAAAUGAAUGCUCAAUGAUGGAGUCGGAGGAGAGAUGGUCAGCCCCCUUGAUAUA